AGAAUUAAGCAUAUUUUUUAAAGUUUUGUGCUCGAAAAUUUUAAAAGCAGAAGAUUUGGAUCGGCUACAAGUGGAAAUUGCAUUAACACUUUGUAAGUUGGAAAAAAAUUUUCCACCUUCAUUUUUUGAUAUAAUGGUACAUCUUCCAAUUCACUUAGCUUGGGAGGCUAAAGUUGGUGGCCCUGUGAAUUACCGAUGGAUGUAUUCUGUUGAAAGAUAUAUGCACAAACUUAAGGGGUAUGUUCGUAACAAAUCACGACCUGAGGGAUCCAUUGCUGAAGGAUAUAUAGCGGAGGAAUGUUUGACAUUUUGUUCUCGAUACUUGCAUGGUAUUGAAACAAAGUUUAAUCGUCCAGAACGAAAUUAUGACGGCGAUUCACUAUCUAGAAAUACCUCCUCCUUCCAAAUUUUUGGUAUGUUUGGGCAACCUUUUGGAAAGGCAAAUAUGCAAGAGUUGAGUAAUGAUUUACUAAAUGCGGCUAUUUUCUACAUCCUCCAAAAUUGUGAAGAUGUUCAAUCAUUUAUUAGUGAACAUAAGAACAUCCUCUCAGAAAAAGGAGUUAGAAAUAUUGAUAACAUUCACAAAUGUGAAUUCUCUUCCUGGUUUCACAAACGAAUUGGUGAUGUAUAUAAUGAAAAUGAUGAAGGGACAAAUAUAAACAUGCUUGCUUUGGCACGGGGUCUUGAACAAAGAGUAAUUUGCUAUCCAGGCUGCAAUAUCAAUGGGGAGGGAAUAAAGUUACAUUAUUUAGAUGUCACUAGUAUGAUAAUUCUCGGGAAUGUAUUGGUUAUAGAAAAGAUCGUUAUGGGAUUGAUUAUAUUGAAGAUGGCAAGGAAAAGGAAAAAGCACGAGUUAGAAAUGAUUCAAAUUCGAAACACAAAAAUAAUCAAACGCCAAAACCAAGUUGAUGAUGAAAAUGUUGAAAUUAAUCUUGAUCUGUUCAUUGCCAUCAUCUCGCUCGAGCUUCAAAAUGAAAUAUUUAAUGUGAGAGGAAAGGCUAAAGGUGUCAAGUCAGGAGAAGGAAUUGAAGUUGAGAUAUAUAACAACAGGAUUAUAACACCAAAAGCCAUUAGUGAAAUACAUGUUCUCUUCCAUCAAAAAAUUAAUGGUCCAUGGACAUCUUAUUCUGAAUAUCCGAAAUCAGAGCUAGAUACUCUUUUUGCUCGAUAUUUGGCCGUGGGGUUCUCACAUAAUCAACUAGAAGAAGAAGUGAAAAAAGCAUUUGAGAAUUCAGUUAAAUGUCGAUACUCUGAUUGGAUGUUGCGUAUAAGGAAACCAAUUUUUGAGAAGCAUGAAACCCGAGAAGAUCGUUACAAACACCCAUCUUCUUUCAUUCCUUCUAAUGUGUGGAAAGAAAUGGUAGACAAAUGGAUGGGAGAUAAUUGGCAGCACAAAAGUGAUAAGAAUAAAAUUAAUCGAUCACAAUCUCAAAUCAUUCAUACUACUGGCAGAGUUUCAAUGGCCAAGCAUAGGAGUGACAUGGUUAAAGAGACAGGGUCAGAGCUAGGCCCAAUUGAUUGGUUUAAAAAAUUCCACACUAAAAGGGAUGGAGAGAGUUGGGCUACUGAGAAAGCAAAAGAUCUAUGGGAUCAAAUGGAUAAUAUUAGGUCAACUGCAACGUCUGAAGGUUCGAUAGUAAAUGAAUGGGAAAUAUAUCGCAAUGUUACAGGAGAGCCUAGUCAUGGUCGUGUUCUUGGAUUAGGUACGGGUAUUCAAGGGAAAGAUGUGUAUGGUAGUAGUUCCUCUCAAACAUGUAGCAAAAGAUGUAAAGAAAUUCAAAAGAUGAAGGAAAAAGAAUGGGAGGACCGUUUCAAGCAAAUGGAGUCUACAAUUGAUAAAUUACAACAACAAGUACCCGUUAUGGUUCAAGCGGUGUUGCAAAGUUUGGGAUUAUCUAAUAUACAAUUAGCUACACAGGGAGGUGGUAAUGAUCUUAGGGAUGUCAUAGCUAAUUCUCAAGAAAAUGUAAGAGAUGUUCAUCAUGGCAAUGUUAAUGAAAAAGAUGGCAAUGAGAAUAGCUUGGAGGAAGAUUCCGAAAAAGAUGAUGAUGACAAUGAAAAUGAAGAGAGUUGUGAAGAUGAUGAUGAUUGAAGAUUUAAAUGUUUUGAAUGUUUCCAAUUCUUAUUGGAUUUCAUUUUUCAAACUUUUAUUGAGUUAAUGUUUUGUAAAAGUCUAUAACACUUAAUUCUUCACACUUAUUUAGUUUUAUGUUUUGAA